UUCUCCUCCUCGCUCCUUUCUCAAUGCCCUCCGACCCCCUAGAAACCCUGUUCUGUUGCAGAGGCGAAGCCAAAACCCCCAGCGAAUCAAAGUUCAUCUCCUCCUCCCAUCCGAUGAUCGAAGAUCCCGAUCUCCCGCCGGAAUCCUUCCGGCUUCCGAUCCACGGCGAUCUCCGCUGGGUUCAACUAACCAGAGUUCUAGAUCGCGGUCAAUCCACCAUCGGAAGCGCAAAUCCUAAAUCAAUCCGGAGUUGCUCCAAGCCUAAAUCUCACUUACCGAUCAGACCGAACCCCGGCGGUUCCAUCAAGCCUCCCAAUGGUCCGAUCCCCGGCCUCCCCAACUCCGCCUUCCACGGCAACGGAUCUCGCCCCAUACCUACUUACCGGAUCUUCCCGUUAAACUUUUCUUUAGAAAGGAAGCCAGCGGUUCUUGAUCCGGGUUCGCCGAAGGUUUCUUGCUUCGGUAGUGUGCUAUCGGACUCGGAGAGGGAGAAGAAGAUCGGCGAACGGGGUUCUGUUGUGGCUGAUGAAGCCGAGGUGGUGAAAGGGGUGGGGUGCUGGGCGAACUUAGCGGCAAUUUUGGGGUUCGCCGGUGUUUAUCCGGCGGCUUCCGGUGAGUUAGAGGAUUGCGUUAGUCGUUCUUCGAAGUUUUCCAGCGAGGAGGAGAGGAAGACGAUUGAUUCGACGGCGCCGGAGUUGCAGGGUAUGAAGAGAUUCACUGCACGGAGGAGAUGGUUGGAUGACGUGGAUGUAUCAGAUGGUGGACACGUGGUUUCGUUAGAGCCCUUGGAUAGGGAGCGCAUGUUGCCGCGGAGUUGACGUAGAACAAACGGAGUUAGUAGUAAUCAUGUUAUAAUGCAAAGAGCCUUACUGUAUUUAUAUAUAAUUACGAGGGUUUUGUUG